AUGUUGUGCAGCACAGAGGCAGAUAAAGGUUUACAAGAGAAAGGACGAGCCGAACUGCACAGGCUGAGGGAGUUAUCCGGGCACUCUCGGUACGGCGCGUGCUGGUCUCGUGCGCUGGAGAAAGUGCACGCGAGCUGCAGGGACUUGAACGAUGAUAUGCAGAGCAUGAUGGCGCUGGCCUUCACUCACUGCCAUCUGAGAAGGUCUGGCCGUAGCUUCCCGGAGUGCCCCGAAGGCAGCAGUGUUAAAACCUGCACACGAGACAUGGACCCUGUGGCGUUCAACACCUACACAGAGUUUUUCACCCAUGCCCACAGCAUCUGCCAUUACCUGCAGAGCGAGCAGUGGCAGCACCGGGCCGAAAACACUAUCCACAGACUGACUGAAAGUUCAGCUGGUGUGGCGGAACAGCUCGCUUCCACCCAGAAGAUGGCUGAGGAUCUUGUAGAGGCCCAGAGUAUGGCAUUAAAAUCUCAGGAAACCAUUCUGCGUAAUGGAGAGGAGCUGAAGAGCACUUUACAGCACUCCACAAAGGGUCUGAAGGACGUGUUCUCUGAGAUGAAGACGUCGGUACAGGAGCAGCAGGUGGCAUUUGCUGAGAUCUUUAACCGUGUAGCCUUUCUCCAAAGCUUCAUCAUGUCCGAGUCUCACACCCUCAGCUCUCUGUUCUACAACGCGCUGGGAUUCUGCGCCUCCUUCCUGCUGACCUCCACCCACCGUACUGCGGGAGCCAGGUUGUUUCUGUUUGGGCUGGUGGCUCUGAACGUUUACCUGGAACGACUCGUCUGUAGGAUGGUGCUGGAAAAUGAUGAUCCUGGAUAUCAACAGAUGGAGAGGAUUGCCGUCCUGGUUGGGCUUCUUAGAAAAGCAAUGAUGAUGAUCGGCUGUGUUGUUCUGUUGUACUUUGCUCUGCGGUUCUGCAACGUAAACAGAGAAAGUCUGGAGAUUCUGAGGGAGCUGAAAGAGACACAUACUAAUCUUCAGCACAGCUUGCGCAAAGCUGAGCGUCUUUCUGGUUCUAUGAACGACUGGACGAAGCCUAGACAGAAACAGUUGGACGGCAUGUGGCAUAAGGAAGAGGAGAGCAGUCUGGUCAUUCUGCAUCCCAGCGGUGCCAUCCAAACCACUCUGCCGUCACUUUCCGCUCUACACAAGAACAGACAACAAGAGCGCUAUGCUUCACCACCGGAAGCUCCGAGCAGUCUGGAGGUCUCGAAAAGACGGCGCCGUUCUUCAGGCUCUCGCGUCCGUAACUCCGCAGUCGUCUACAGUGUGCUAGUGGAGGACGAUCAGUUGUGGAUCAAAGCCAAGUUUGCUUUCUGUGUUUCUGUCCCGUACCCGAGGUAUAGCCUGAGGAGCAGGAAAUCCUUAUGUGCUCUGGAGCCAAAAGAGGAAUGAGGCUGAUACACAUCUCUGUGUGUGUGUGUGUGUGUGUGUGUGUGUGUGUGUGUGUGUGUGUGUCUUCUACCUCAUGCUAAAUGUACAGUAUGUGCUUGUCAGUGUUGUGACCACAUUGCUUUUUGAUGGAUUGUAAUUGUGGAUUAUUUAAAUAAACAACAUUUUAAUAA